AUGGAUUCUUCCAACCGAACAGUGAGCUUUGCAGCCCCAAGAGGCUUUGGCACCACACUCAAAUCUGAUCUCAAAGAGACAUUCUUCCCUGACGACCCCUUUAAGCAAUUUGAGAAUCAGAAACCACUUGGAAAGGUCAAGAAAGGCUUGCAAUAUCUCGUUCCCAUCUGCAAAUGGCUUCCGAAAUACAGUUUAAAAACAUUUCAAUACGACGUGCUUGCCGGCAUCACCAUCACCAGUCUUGCCAUCCCUCAAGGGAUUAGCUAUGCGAAGCUCGGCCAGGUUCCUCCCAUUGUUGGCCUUUAUUCAAGUUUUGUUCCUCCAAUUAUUUAUGCAAUAUUUGGAGACUCCAAGUAUAUUGCCGUGGGAACUGUGGCAGCAUGCUCUUUACUUAUUGCAGAAAUCAUUGGAGAAGUGGCUUCACCGAAGACUGAACCGGCAUUGUACCUUCACUUGGUUUUUACAGCCACCUUUGUUACCGGCAUCAUGCAGACUCUUCUCGGUGUUCUAAGGCUGGGGAUUUUGGUGGAUUUUCUAUCGCAUUCCACCAUCACUGGCUUCAUGGGAGGGACUGCAGUUAUAAUCUGCUUGCAACAGUUGAAGGGCCUGCUGGGACUGAAGAAUUUCACCACCAAAACCGACGUCGUAAAUGUUUUGAAAUCAGUGUUCGAACAUAGAAAAGAGUGGAGGUGGGAGAGUGCAGUUAUGGGUAUUAUCUUCCUUAUUUUUCUUCAGUUCACCAGGUGGCUGAGGGAUAGGAAGCCAAAGCUAUUUUGGGUGUCGGCUAUGUCUCCACUGGUGGUGGUUGUAUCCGGCUGCCUUUUUGCUUAUUUUGCCCAUGCUCAAAAUCAUGGAAUUCCCAUUGUGGGAGAAUUGAAGAGAGGCAUCAAUCCUCCUUCCAUUCAAUUUUUGAACUUUGACCGCAAAUAUUUUCCACAAAUUGUGAAGGCUGGGGCUAUAACUGGCCUUAUUGCUUUGGCUGAAGGAAUAGCAAUUGGAAGGAGCUUUGGCAUCAUGAGAAAUGAAAACGUUGAUGGCAACAAGGAAAUGGUAGCUUAUGGCCUCAUGAACAUUGUUGGAUCUUUCACUUCAUGCUAUUUGACCACUGGACCCUUUUCAAAGACUGCGGUGAAUUACAACGCGGGAGCUAAGACACCAAUGUCAAACGCAGUGAUGGCCGUUUUCAUGGCACUUGUGCUUCUCUUCUUGGCUCCCCUCUUUAGCUACACCCCUCUUGUUGCUUUAUCUGCCAUUAUUAUGUCCGCCAUGCUUGGCCUCAUCAAAUAUGAAGAAGCCAUUGAACUCUUCAAGGUUGACAAGUUUGACUUUGUCGUUUGCAUGGCUGCCUUCUUUGGUGUUGCCUUCAUAAGCAUGGACAUGGGACUCGGCCUCUCAGUGGUUCUUGGUCUUGUGCGAGCCCUCCUUUAUGUGGCUAGGCCAGGAACUUGUAAGCUUGGGAGAUUGCCAGACUCAGUCAUAUACCGUGACAUAGAGCAGUACCCUGACGCAGGAAGGAAUCCAGGGAUCAUCGUGCUUCAAAUUGGCUCCCCAAUUUACUUUGCAAAUGGCAACUAUGUCAGAGAGAGGAUUUUAAGAUGGGUUCGUGAUGAGCAAAGCCAUCUAGAAACUACGGGAGAUGAGCUUGAGCAUGUUAUGCUAGAAUUGUCUGGAGAUAAACAAACCUUGACUGCAAGGGAUGUUAAGUUGGGAAUUAUAAACCCGAGGCUUAAGGUGAUGGAGAAGAUGAUAACCUCACAUUUCAUAGACAAGCUUGGAAAAGAAAAUGUCUACCUAUCGAUCGAGGAAGCAGUUGAAAAUUGCAAGUUUUCGACUAGUAAGCCAAAGAAAACCACCAAUGAAUCCGGCGAUUCAUCGAAAGGCGCUAGAGAUGCAAGUGAUGAUGCAUCACAACAACCUCCCGAUCUCUCUCUCCCACACAGACGAACACACAAACACGCUCUGUUCCCCGAACGUGCGCUCACAGUCACAGCGAAAACUGUUGGACCUCUGCUUCUAACUCUCUUCGCUUCGAUCUCUAACGCUAAGCCUUCCAGCUUCGCUCUUCGAGCUCUGCACCAACUUCUCCCAUCCGAGCCUGUCAUCUCCAAGCUCACAAAAAUGCCUCUCAUGCUUGAUAUCAAGAGAAAAUUUGUGCAAAGAACCGAGAGAGUUAAGUCUUUGGAUCUGCAUCCAACUGAACCAUGGAUCCUUGCAAGUCUGUAUUCAGGAACCGUGUUUAUUUUCAAUUACCAGUCACAGAGCAUGGCAAAGUCUUUUGAAGUCUCUGAAUUGCCAGUUCGGUCAGCAAAAUUUGUUGCCCGUAAGCAGUGGGUAGUAGCUGCAGCUGAUGACAUGUUCAUACGUGCAUACAAUUAUAAUACGAUGGAUAAGGUUAAAGUGUUUGAAGCACACUCAGACUAUAUUAGAUGUGUGGCUGUCCAUCCAACACUUCCAUGUGUUUUGUCAUCAUCCGAUGACAUGCUUAUCAAACUGUGGGAUUGGGAAAAAGGUUGGAUGUGUACUCAGAUAUUCGAAGGGCAUUGCCACUAUGUGAUGCAAGUGACCUUUAAUCCUAAAGACACCAAUACUUUUGCAAGUGCUUCCCUGGAUCACACUGUAAAGAUCUGGAAUCUUGCCUCCCCUGACCCCAAUUUUACAUUGGAUGCCCACGUGAAAGGGGUAAAUUGCGUUGAUUACUUCACUGGCGGCGAUAAACCUUACUUAAUCACGGGCUCGGAUGAUCAUACUGCAAAGGUGUGGGACUAUCAGACAAAAACUUGUGUUCAGACACUUGAAGGGCAUACUCACAAUGUAUCUGCAGUAUGCUUUCAUCCGGAACUUCCAGUUAUAAUUACUGGUUCUGAGGAUGGAACUGUUAGAAUAUGGCACUCAACGACUUAUCGGCUUGAAACGACACUGAAUUAUGGGCUUGAACGUGUUUGGGCCUUUGGGUAUAUGAAAGGUUCACGUCGGAUUGUAAUUGGUUAUGAUGAAGGAGCCAUAAUGGUAAAAAUUGGCCGAGAAGUACCAGUUGCUAGCAUGGAUAGUGGUGGGAAAAUUAUUUGGGCUAAGCAUAAUGAAAUUCAAACUGUGAAUAUCAAGAGCGUUGGAGCAGAUUUUGAGGUUGCAGAUGGAGAAAGAUUGCCUUUGGCUGUGAAGGAGUUGGGAACCUGUGACCUUUAUCCUCAAAGUUUGCAGCACAACCCGAAUGGAAGGUUUGUUGUUGUUUGUGGAGAUGGUGAGUACAUAAUAUACACAGGUCUAGCAUGGAGAAAUAGAUCCUUUGGCUCAGCAUUGGAAUUUGUCUGGUCAUCUGAUGGAGAAUAUGCUGUUAGGGAAUCUACUUCAAGGAUAAAAAUUUUCAGCAAAGCAUUCCAGGAAAAGAAGAAUGUUCGACCAACAUUUUCUGUAGAACACAUUUAUGGAGGGGUCUUACUGGCAAUGCGCUCAAAUGACUUUGUAUGCUUCUAUGACUGGGUGGAAUGCAGAUUGAUUAGACGAAUUGAUGUCAAUGUCAAGAAUGUUUAUUGGGCUGAUAGCGGUGAUUUGGUGGCAAUUUCUAGUGAUUCAUCAUUUUACGUUCUAAAAUACAAUAGGGAUAUAGUCUCAUCGUAUUUUGACAGUGGAAGGCCUGUUGAUGAACUAGGUGUUGAGGAUGCCUUUGAGCUCCUCUUUGAAAUAAACGAGCGUGUCAGAACUGGAUUAUGGGUUGGGGACUGUUUCAUUUACAAUAACUCAUCUUGGCGACUAAAUUAUUGUGUUGGUGGUGAGGUAACCACAAUGUUUCACCUAGACCGGCCCAUGUACUUGUUGGGCUAUCUUGCCAAUCAAAGUUGUCUUUAUCUUAUUGAUAAAGAGUUUAAUGUCAUGGGAUACACCUUGCUUCUCAGCUUGAUCGAGUACAAAACACUUAUUAUACGUGGAGAUUUAGAGCGUGCAAAACAAAUUUUUCCAACAAUACCUCCAGAGCAACAUAAUAGUGUGGCUCGUUUUUUGGAAUCUCGAGGUAUGUUGGAGGAUGCACUGGUAGUGGCUACAGAUGCUGACUACAAAUUUGAUCUUGCUAUACAGCUGGGUAGACUUGAGAUUGCAAUGGAAAUUGCUAAGAAGCCCAAAGUGAAUCCCAAGUGGAAGCGGCUGGGAGAAUUAUCCAUGUCCACUGGGAGGUAUUCCCUCACCUUUGUCUUCUGUGUGAACUCCAUUAAACAAACCCAGAAGACCCUUGAAAUGGCUGAAGAUUGUCUAUCACAUGGAAAAGACUUUUCUGGCUUGUUGCUUCUUUAUUCUUCUCUUGGAGAUGCUCAAGGAAUAUUAAAACUCGCAUCCCUUGCCAAAGAGCAAGGAAAGAAUAAUGUUGCUUUCCUUUGCUUAUUUAUGCUGGGUAAAGUGGAAGAAUGCAUCCAGCUGUUGCUGGAAAGUGAACGGAUACCUGAAGCAGCUUUGAUGGCACGAUCUUACCUCCCCAGCAAGGUCUCAGAGAUAGUUUCAAUUUGGAGAAAUGACCUGAACAAGGUCAAUAAAAGAGCUGCAGAAUCAUUGGCGGAUCCGCAAGAGUAUCCUAAUUUGUUUGAGGACUGGCAAGUUUCUCUUGCCCUUGAGUCUAAAAGUGCAGAAAAUAGCGGCAUUCAUCCUCCUGCUGAACAAUACCCAAUUUAUGCUGAGAAGUCAACGACUAGUCUUGUUGAAAGGUUCAGAAGCAUGCAAAUUGAUGAAGAAGCCCCAUUUGAAAAUGGAGAUCUGGAUCAAGAGGAGGUACAGGAGAAUGGAGAAAAUCAAGAUGAAGGUGAGACUGUUGAGGAGGAAGAUGAUUCAACAAAUGGUGUUGUUCUUGUAAAUGGCGACCAGGGUGAAGAGUUGGGUGUAAAUGAUGAGAGAACACCAUCACCGUAA